UGCUGCACCAUGUCAGUGAGUAUGCAUGAGACCCGCAAGUCACGGGGCAGCACCGGUGCCUCGAGUGCCACCCUGUUCCACAAGGCCUCACACCCCGACUGCGUGCUCACCCACCUCAACAUGCUGCGCCAGCACCACAUGUUCACUGACGUCACGCUCUGGGCCGGCGACCGCGCUUUCCCCUGCCACCGGGCCGUGCUGGCCGCUUCCAGCCGCUACUUCGAGGCCAUGUUCAGCCACGGGCUGCGCGAGAGCCGGGACGACACAGUGCACUUCCGGGACAGUCUGCACCCUGAGGUGCUGGAGCUGCUGCUGGACUUCGCCUACUCGUCACGCAUCGUCAUCAGCGAGGAGAACGCGGAGUCGCUGCUGGAGGCAGGCGACAUGCUGCAGUUCCCCGACGUGCGGGAUGCCGCGGCCGAGUUCCUGGAGAAGCGGCUGCAGCCCUCCAACUGCCUGGGCAUGAUGAUGCUGUCAGAUGCCCACCAGUGCCGCCGUCUCUACGAGUUCUCCUGGCGUAUGUGCCUGCUGCACUUCGAAAGCGUGCGGCGUGGCGAGGACUUCGCCAGCCUCUCCAAGGACGCACUGCUGGGCCUCAUCUCCAGCGACGAGCUGGAGACGGAGGAUGAGCAAGCUGUGCUGGACGCGGUGCUGCACUGGGUGAAGCACGACCCGGAGCAGCGCCGCGCACACCUGCCCGAGCUGCUGCGCGGCGUGCGCCUGGCCCUGCUGCCCUCCGACUGCCUGCGCCAGGCCAUGGCCGCCGAGGCCCCGCUGCUGGCUGACGAGCACAGCCAGAGGCUGGUGCGAGAGGCCCUGUGCUGCAAGGCCCGCAUCCUGCAGAACGACGGUGUGGUCAGCAGCCCCUGCGCCCGGCCACGCAAGGCCGGCCACACGCUGCUCAUCCUGGGUGGGCAGACUUUCAUGUGCGACAAGAUCUACCAGGUGGACCACAAGGCCAAAGAGAUCAUCCCCAAGGCCGACCUGCCCAGCCCCCGCAAGGAGUUCAGCGCCUCGGCCAUUGGCUGCAAGGUGUACGUAACGGGGGGCCGUGGCUCCGAGAACGGGGUCUCCAAGGACGUGUGGGUGUACGACACGGUGCGCGAGGAGUGGUCCAAGGCAGCGCCCAUGCUCGUUGCCCGCUUUGGACACGGCUCGGCCGAGCUGGAGCACGCCCUGUAUGUGGUGGGGGGCCACACAUCACUGGCGGGCGUCUUCCCGGCCUCACCCUCCGUGUCCCUCAAGCAGGUGGAGCGGUACGACCCCGUGGCCAACAAGUGGGUGAUGGUGGCUCCGCUGCGGGAUGGUGUGAGUAACGCCGCCGUGGUGAGUGCCAGGCUCAAGCUGUUUGUGUUCGGGGGCACGGGCACCCACCGGGCCAUGGUGCCCAAGGUGCAGUGCUAUGAGCCCUCGGAGAACCGCUGGAGUGUGCAGGCCGAGUGCCCGCAGCCCUGGCGCUACACAGCCGCUGCCGUGCUGGGCAGCCAGAUCUUCAUCAUGGGCGGCGACACGGAAUUCACGGCCGCCUCCGCGUACCGCUUCGACUGCGAAGCCAACCAGUGGACACGUGUGGGUGACAUGACCUCCAAGCGCAUGUCCUGUCACGCCCUGGCUGCGGGCAACAAGCUCUAUGUGGUGGGUGGCUACUUCGGGACGCAGCGCUGUAAGACCCUGGACUGCUAUGACCCGACCUCGGACACGUGGAGCUGUGUCACCACCGUGCCCUACUCGCUCAUCCCCACGGCCUUCGUGAGCACCUGGAGGCACCUGCCUGCCUGAGGAUUCGCCACCCGCCUGCAGCUGCCCUGUCAGAGUGGCCGGAAGCCAGCUCCACCUGCCGGG